AUGUCACUUAGUAUAUACGAGAAAGGAAGGAGUGCAGGUUCGAGUAUGUUUUUGGACUACAGAAAGCCAACAGGCAGCUUUUGAUGAAAUUGACAAAAAAACUAUGGGGAUGAACGAAAUAUCCCGUCAAUUUGGUAUUCCAUCAAGGACAUUGAGAAGACGAUAUGCUGUCAAAAAUAAAACAAAAUUGACGAUGGGAAAGCAUCCUGUAUUAGAUUUUGACAACGAGAAGAGGCUAGUAAAACACAUUCUUAAACUUGGUGAGCAGGAUUUCCUCCAAAUAGGCAAGCCAUAUGCAUGUUAGCUUAUCAAUUUGCUGAAAAACUAAAUCAAAAACAUAAUUUCGACCACGAUAAUGAAAUGGCUGGAGGCGCAUUGUUCAAAAGUUUUAUUGAACGAAAUCCGGAACUAUCUAUCAGAAAAGCUGAAGGUUUAUACUGAUACUUAAUAUAGGUACGAAUAGUUUAUAAGAACAAUUUAGAAUUUACGUUUUUUGUUGGUUAAAUGCUUGUAAAGUUGAUUUUACCAAAAAAAUUAUUAUGAAUGUUGUAACUUGAGAAUGUAUAUGUUAAUUAAACAAGCCUUCUAAAAUAUUUAAUAAGGGUUCCUACUUUGUGU